CUCGACAUUUUUAAUUUUUCAAAGUCACAUAUAUAUCAGCAACAACUAUGACGCAGCAUUAAAUACACGACAAAUUCUUGACCAUAUCCACAAGAAUUCGAGAUGCGUUUUGCUAUUUUCAUAGUUCUAUUAGUUAACUCUCAACUUCUUAUCGCGCAGGGUUUCGAAAACAAUCGUCUACAGAAACAGCACAGAAAGAUGAAGCGCAUGUUGCCGCACAUGUACGCACAGUUCGGUGAAGAAUCUAUGCAAAGUGGUGGUGGCACUGGGGAUGGGCAACGCGAUGGAGGAGUUUCAGGCGCAGGAAAUGAAGGCGAAUGUAAGCAAAAUCCCAUGAUGGCCGGAAAUGCCAAGCAAAAAGCAACAAGCAUUGCGCAGAAGGCAGCCCAGGAAGCCAAAGCUGCAUCCGACGCCCAACAGGCGGCUGGCGAGGCAGCUUCUUUGCAAGUUAAGGCACAAUUGGCCGAGAAAGCUAUGCAAGCCGCUAAAGCAGCAGAAGCUGCACUCGCUGGCAAACAACAAAUCGUGC